AUGUGGUACGACAUCCUCCUGCAGGCGGGCAUCAUGCUCGUCACCGUCUUCAUGUUCCUCGCGAUGCACGACAUCCCCCAGAAGUUCCUCUCCAAGCUCCGCUUCCGCAGCCGCAAGGGCCUCCGCGCCAAGCAGCACUUCGUCCGCGGCGCCCAGCUCCUGGGCCAGGCCAGAUCGGCCCCCUCCCGCUCCGCCGCCUCCGCCCUCGCCAAGGACGCCGCCGCCGAGGCCGACGCCGCCAUCCUCCUGGACCCCCGCGACGCCGCGUCCCACAUCCUCAAGGCCCUGGCCCUGGACCUGCAGGGGUUCCGGACCUCCGCCCUCGACUCGCUCGACGUGGCCCUCUCCCCCCUGGCCGCCAAGUCGCUGAGCGAUCGGGAGAGGGGGGACGCGCUGUUCCGGAGGGCCGAGCUGAAGUUCGCGCUGAGCCGGCGCGGGCGGGUCAACUCGGCCAUCGAGGACGUGACUCAGGCCGUGAAGCUGAGCCGCAGCGCCAAGGCGCUGUUGCUGUUGGGGCAGUGCCACGAGGCCAAGAAAUCGAACGAGGAGGCUGCGAAGGCUUACGAGGAGGCUCUUGAGAUGGAGCCGACGCUCGCCGCCGCUCGAGAGGCUCUUGACCGGUUGUGCAAUUGUUCUUCAGCGCAUAAGGUCAUGGACCAUUCUCUGAGGUCUCAGCAGUAUGGCAUCUGUGUGGAAACUGUUGAUCUCUGA